AUGAUGGCAUCACUCUCUCAGGUCACUCUUCAUCCCUUUUUGUUUGGUGUGCUGUUGUCUCUGGUUGACAGCAAAGGGACCUAUUAUGGCAGUCCCUACAGAUACAACCUGUACAAGUCUGGAGUCAGUCCCCACUACUCUCCCGGGAAACCCAUGACCAGACACAAAAACUAUUGCGCUUACGUCGUCCAGAAGAACAUCUCGUGCACCAUGCAGGACGGGAUGGCCACCUACGUCAAGGCGGAAUACACCAAGUGCGUCUGGGGACAGAAGUGCCCGGUCGUCAUGUACAGGACGUUCUAUAAGCCCAAAUACAAGGUGGGGUACAAGACGGUGACCGAGCUGGAGUGGCGCUGCUGCCCUGGGUACUCGGGCGAAGGCUGCUUCGACGGGCCCACCUCCUUCCCCGACAUGAUGAUGCCCCCAUUCAAGGGCGCCUUGCCCCAUCCCGGCAUGAAGGGCUACCCCCGCGGCCAUCCUAGAGUGCCCCCUGACCAGCAAUCCAUCCCCACGGGGGAAGUGCCCCCAGGUGGCACCCAGAAGUUUGGUGUGACGGGUGAGCGCCUGGACCGGAUGGAGGAGGACCUCCGGCGCCUGUCGCAGGGCCUGGAUGCGCUGACGGGCACGGUGACAGGCCUGGAGGACCGCCUGCGCACGGCGCUGCGCGAGGACACCAGCAAGACGCUGGCCACCCUGCUGGGCUCCGCCCCCCGGCUGUCCGACUCCUCCGUGGGCUUCGGCGUGAUCCCCGACGGCACGCCCGACGGGCUGGAGGGCGGCGAGGGCUUCCCCGGCUUCGGUGACCUCGUCGGGAGGGUGACGGAGGUGAAGGACGAGCUGCGGGCCAAGAGCGACAUGCUGGACGAGCUGCACGGCAUGGUGCUGGGCCACGACGGGCAGCUGAAGCGGCUGACAGAGGCGGCCACGGGCCGGCCGGCGCCGGAGGGUGCGCGCAAGCUCCUGGAGGAGCUGCUGGAUGCCAAGCUGGCGGGCGUGCGGGCCGAGAUCCUAGACGGCUUCGAGAGGCGGCUCACGGGCAUGGAGAGCCACUGCGAGGAGCGCAUUGGCCAGGUGCAGCAGCAGUGCCACCAGGACCAGCUGAGCGGGCAGGAGCAGAUGCAGCUUUCCCUGGACGGCCGGGAGACGGGCCUGCGGAAGGAGCUGGGAGACCUGCAGGCUCAGAUCCAGGGCCUGACCCUGACGGAGAGCUGCUGCGGCCAGGUGUCCAGCCUGGCUCACAGGGUGCUGCUGCUGGAGGACGCGGUGAAGGGGCUGACCGAGUCCCAGAGGCAGCUCCAGAUCUCGCUCACCGAGCAGACCGCCCACGUGGAGACCAUGCUGGAGGGUCGCCUGGAGGACAUAGAGGGGAGGCUCAACGCCACGGAGAAGGGGGGCCCUGACGACAAAGACCAGGGUGGCCCGGGCGGCCUGGAUGGCUUCAAGGCCCUGGUGGAUGAGAAGAUGAAGAACCUGGAGGACCGGCUGCUGGUGGCGGUGGAGGAGCUGAGCAAUGCCACGGCGCCCGCCCUGCUGGAGGGCCAGGCGGUGCCGGCGCUGGAAGCGGAGAUCGAGGCGGUGCGGCGGCGCGUGGAGACGGGCCUGGAUGGCGUGCAGAAGCAGCUGACCGACCUGGAGCUCCUCUGCACCUCCUCCUGCUCCCCGACCGCUGGCGGGGACGAGACGCCACUCCAGGGCGAGGUGGAGCAGUGCAAGGAGAUGGAGGACAGGCUGUCAGGCCGCCUGGACGGCCACUCCGACCGGCUGGAGCACCUCAACCGCACCCUGCAUGGGCUCAUCGCCCAUAUCGCCCAGGAGGAGGAGGAGGGCGCCAUCCAGGGGGAGAUCACGCUCCUCAAGGUCAACAUCAACUCCGUCAACCGCACCCUCAAGGGGCUCCGCGACUCGGUCAGCACCGUCGCCCGCGAGGUGGGCCAGGUCAACGCCACCUGGCGGCAGCGCGAGGACCGGCUGGCCAGCCAGGUGGAGGGCAUCACGCAGCUGGUGGGCCGGCAGGCGGCGCAGCAGGGCUCCAGCGAGCGCCGCCUCAUCCAGCUCAAGGGCGAGCUGCAGAGCCUGAGGCGCCGGCUGGCGGGCGAGCUGCAGGGCUGCCGCACCACGGCGCUGGGCGUGCACAAGGAGGUGAUGGCGGUGGACACCCGGGUGGCGCAGGUGGAGGGCCAGUGCGGCAGCCUGAGCGAGCUGGCCGAGCAGCUGGAGCGGAUCCGCGGCGAGCUGGAGAGGCACUCCGACAGCUACCUCUCCCAGGUCAACGGGACGCUCGCCAGCCACUCGCACCAGCUGGCCGAGCUCAAAGACGGACUCAAAGACUGCGUGGGCAAAACGGGACAGUCCGAGCGGAGGGGGGACCAGUAG